AUGCUUGGUCUGACAAUGCCUGAAACUCUGUUACUGCAGGAACCAUUCGUCGAGAUACCCGAUGAGAAAAUCCGGGAGGCACUUAAAGUUGUCCUAGAUGUAAGAAAUCAACCUUUGCUUAUUCACUGCAAGAGAGGCAAGCACCGAACUGGAUGCGUCGUCGGUUGCAUGAGGAAGUUGCAGAAAUGGUGCCUGUCUUCGGUCUUCGAUGAGUACCAGCGCUUCGCUGCUGCAAAAGUGAGGAGCACCGACCUGAGAUUCAUGGAGCUGUUCGACGUCUCGAGCUUGAAGCACCUGACCAACUCACAUUGUUAA